UGUUUGUGUUGAUUUCCUGGUCAGCUGAUUCAGACCGAGCAAAGAUAGGAAGAGGAGAGCUGGCAUCCACAAUGAUCAUCGUGUUUCAUGGUCAUUGAUAGCAUUUGAGAUGAAUCAAACAGAUCCGUAAAGUCGCAUUAAGCCUUCGUGUUAAUUUCUGAGUUUCUGUGUGGAGGAGUUUACCGGCUUCGAGCGGCGGAUCCUGUGGAAAACAGCAGAUCUGUCCCCUGCCUCUCUUCUCUGUUUACUGGAAAGCUCUUCUCCUCUUCUGACCGCUGAAAGGCCCAGUUUUCCAGCUGCAGUGCCAGAAAAGGAAUCUGAGAAAGCCACUGUGUCAGAACUAGCUGGAUUCAAUGAGGGAGCCAGACCGGGAGGAGCAGCCUGAAGACAACAUGCCACCGAAGUUUAAACGACACCUCAACGACGAUGAGGUCACGGGAUCGAUUCGCAGCGAGAGGAGGAAUUUGUUGGAGGAAGACUCUGAUGAGGAGGAAGACUUCUUUCUGAGAGGGCCAACAGGACCCAGGUUUGGACCUCAGAAUGACAAAAUCAAGCAGGUGCAGUCGCAGGUCGACGAGGUGAUCGACGUGAUGCAGGAGAACAUCUCCAAGGUGAUAGAGAGGGGCGAGCGACUCGAUGACCUGCAGGACAAGUCAGAGAGCCUAUCGGACAACGCGUCUGCUUUCAGUAGCCGAGCCAAACAGCUGCACAGGAGGAUGUGGUGGAGAGAUAUGAAGAUGAAGAUGAUAAUUGCGCUGGUGGUUGUUGCUCUCCUGCUGAUUAUCAUUAUUCCAGUGAUUCUUCGAUAUCGCUAGUGACUUCGGAGGAGGAUGGGGACAACCUUCCUCGUCCUCUAGCUACCCCUGCACACAAUCCUCCACUCCAGCUAGGGGGCAGCAGCCAGCUUCCCACACCCUCUUCAGUGUCAUCCUCUAUACCCUCAAGGAUCUGGUCUCUACUUGCCACUUAGUACAGAUCUUAUCACUGUACUCUCACAUAAAUCUACAGUGAGGUCGGUACUAAGGCUUGGUUUGAUCCCUAACUUGAAACUAAGCUCCAGAAAUGGGACACAUGGGGAAAAAAUGGGGAUUUAUUCCACCAGUGCUGUUUGGGAGAAACCUCUCAGCCCUCUAGUCAAUGUGAAGGAGUGCUCCAUUCCAUGAUACAUAUCACAUGCAGGACUUGACAACAAGUCCUGCAUGUAACAUCAUAUACAUCGAUAUUGUAAAGGCAGGGAAUCGAUGCCAACCAUCUCUUAGUUUAGCCAGUCUGUUUCUGCUGCAGCAGUCUUACAUAAAGAGGCUGUAAACGUCCAGCAGAUAAACCUCUGAUGUCUGCCCACGAUUUCCUUGUGUGCUCACUUACUCUGAGGCUUGGACACUGAGAAUGUUUAAAGGGAACGCUUGGUGAAUGAAAGCACAUUUUUCUGCCCAUCACAAGGCGGGAGAACAUCUGAGGUUCAUCUGUGGGGUCUAAAGUGGUGUUUCUUUCUUAAUCAUUUCAGUGGCUUUGACUGCUUUCACUUUUCAGGUAUCUUUCCUCGUUCUCACAGAAACAAGAGACUAGAAAGGAACUACAUGUAUUCAUACAAGAACCUGCUCUGUAACAAAUAUCACCAUAGAUUGUUAGAGUGUACAGAAGAACCACGUCAAACCAAAACACCAAGGUUAUGAAUGUCUCCUAACCAUUCUGUUCUCAGAUGCUGAGCUUCGGGCCUGUUUGGUCACAGCUGUCAAAUUUUUUUUCCCACUUGUGACAUUACAUCUCUCAGUCUGCAGAUGGUUCUGUUUGGUUUAUAGGCUGCUUCUGUCUUUUUCUUUUUCUCCACUGUUUUCGAUUUCUUAUUAAGUGUUUAGCUGCUGGUGUUCCCGUCGUCGCUGAAGGGACUGUAUGGUUCACUGUAUGGUUACGUUAUAAGGAGGGGGGGCGAUUUAUGUGCUGAAAGCUGAGCUGUGAAACAAGAAUAGGUGUAAUUGUCUGGAAUUAACUCUACAUGGUCUUUUUUAAAUAUUUAUUUUGGCUGUAAAUAUUGAUUCUGUAAUGAUGUAUAAUACUCUGGCAUUGCAUUGGAAGACUGUGAUUCUUUUUUUUGCUCUGAAAUAAAAUGAUUUUAAAGGGCA